AUGUCGGGCUGGCAGACGCCCCCAUCUAGCAGAGAGCUCCCUGGCCAUGGCCCUUUCAACUCUGAUCCCGACACCGAUUCUCUGUUCAACUUCAAUGUGACCCUAGACGUCCCCCUCGAUGAAGCUGAUCUAGAGGUAGGAGUCACUGUUUUCUUGACACAGGAUAAUCACGCCGAUCUCGCCGUCGUAGCGCAACCCAAGGCCGAUGGCGCCGAAGGCACUGAUCGCUUCUUGCGUUUUAGAGCCACAGGAAAUAAUGCCCCUGAAGAAUAUCUCGCGAAAGUUCCCGAAACAUGGGAUGGAGAUCUCAUUCAACUCGAGAUUUCUACACCAAAUGCAACACACUAUAACUAUACUCUUGCCGCAUAUUCAGCUGCAGAGCCCGAACACAAGAUCGUAAUGGCUAUCGUGUCGGCGAAGUUGGUCAGCGGUCAAAGUGGCCCUUAUACUGGGGCCCUUCUCGGCGUCUAUGCAACUUGCAAUGGAGCUGGAACGGGACUUAAAUGCCCUUCAGGAGGUGACGUCUACGUGACAGAGUGGAUGUACACAGGCAAGGGCCAGUACUACACUGCCGAUGACCUCAGACCUUAG